AUCAGCUACAGUACCUAGCAAAUUGAACAGUCGUUGUUGAGCAGCAGGUUCAUUCAUCAAGCAAAUAUGGAGUGGGCUAAUCAAUUAUGUGAGAACCGGCAAUUUGGAUCCAAGAUGACGGAUUCUAAGUAUUUCACCACUACCAAGAAAGGAGAGAUCUUUGAGCUGAAAGCUGAGCUUAACAGCGAUAAGAAGGAGAAGAAGAAGGAGGCUGUGAAGAAGGUCAUUGCCUCCAUGACCGUUGGGAAGGAUGUCAGUGCCCUGUUUCCAGAUGUGGUGAACUGCAUGCAGACUGACAACCUGGAGCUGAAGAAGCUGGUCUACCUGUACCUGAUGAACUAUGCCAAGAGCCAGCCUGACAUGGCCAUCAUGGCUGUCAACACCUUCGUCAAGGACUGUGAGGACGCUAACCCCCUGAUCCGGGCCCUGGCUGUUCGUACUAUGGGCUGCAUCCGCGUGGACAAGAUCACUGAAUACCUGUGUGAGCCUCUGAGGAAGUGUCUGAAGGACGAGGACCCCUACGUGAGGAAGACUGCAGCCGUGUGCGUGGCCAAGCUCCAUGACAUCAACGCCCAGCUGGUGGAGGACCAGGGCUUCCUGGAUACCCUCAAGGACCUCAUCUCUGACUCCAACCCCAUGGUGGUAGCGAAUGCCGUGGCAGCCCUGUCUGAGAUUGCAGAGUCCCACCCCAACAGCAACCUGCUGGACCUGAACCCCCAGUCCAUCAACAAGCUGCUGACGGCCCUCAACGAGUGCACAGAGUGGGGUCAGAUCUUCAUCCUGGACUGCCUGGCCAACUACACCCCCCGUGACGACCGCGAGUCCCAGAGUAUCUGUGAGCGGGUGACCCCCCGUCUGUCCCAUGCCAACUCUGCGGUGGUGCUGUCGGCGGUCAAGGUGCUGAUGAAGUUCAUGGAGAUGCUUCCUAAGGACCUGGACUACUAUGGCACCCUGCUGAAGAAGCUGGCCCCGCCUCUGGUCACCCUGCUUUCUGCAGAGCCUGAGCUGCAGUAUGUGGCCCUGAGGAACAUCAACCUCAUCGUACAGAAACGCCCAGAGAUCCUGAAGCAUGAGAUGAAGGUGUUCUUUGUGAAGUACAACGACCCCAUCUAUGUCAAGCUGGAGAAACUGGACAUCAUGAUCCGCCUGGCGUCUCAAGCCAACAUCGCCCAGGUGCUGGCAGAGCUGAAGGAGUAUGCCACUGAGGUGGAUGUGGACUUUGUGCGGAAGGCAGUCCGAGCCAUCGGCCGCUGUGCCAUCAAAGUGGAGCAAUCAGCAGAGCGCUGUGUGAGCACCCUGCUGGACCUAAUCCAGACCAAGGUCAACUAUGUGGUGCAGGAGGCCAUCGUGGUCAUCAAGGACAUUUUCCGCAAGUACCCCAACAAGUAUGAGAGUGUGAUCGCGACGCUGUGUGAGAACCUGGACUCUCUGGAUGAGCCAGAGGCACGGGCGGCCAUGAUCUGGAUCGUAGGAGAGUAUGCUGAGAGGAUUGACAACGCUGAUGAGCUGCUGGAGAGCUUUCUGGAGGGCUUCCACGACGAGAGCACCCAGGUGCAGCUGCAGCUGCUGACAGCCAUAGUGAAGCUGUUCCUGAAGAAACCCACUGAGACCCAGGAGCUGGUGCAGCAGGUGCUCAGCCUGGCCACACAGGACUCUGACAAUCCGGACCUGCGAGACCGUGGCUACAUCUACUGGCGCCUGCUCUCCACUGACCCCGUGGCUGCCAAGGAGGUGGUACUGGCCGAGAAGCCCCUGAUCUCGGAGGAGACCGACCUGAUUGAGCCCACCCUGCUGGAGGAGCUCAUCUGCCACAUCGGCACACUGGCUUCCGUCUACCAUAAACCCCCCAGCGCCUUCGUGGAGGGCAGCCGCGGUGUGAUGCACAAGAGGCUCCCUGCCCGCACUGGAUCAGGAGAGAGUAUGGAGAGCCCCGACGUGGGCACUGCUGCUGGGAGCUCUGCCCCUGAGGCUGCUCCCUCUAUCAUCCCCUCCCAGGGAGACCUCCUGGGGGACCUUCUCAACCUGGACAUGGCACCCCCCACCACCAGCGGCCCCCCACCCCCCACCACCGGCAUGCAGAUGGGGGGCAUGGACCUCCUGGGUGGAGGUCUGGACAGCCUGAUGGGGGAUGAGUCUGAACCGCCCCACGUUCCCCCGCGGACGGACACUCCUCGCUCUCCGUCACCUCAGCCCCCGUCGCCAGUGUACACCCACACUGACUACACCAACACUGACUACAGUCACACUGACAGUCCUCCUGACCACAGCCCUACUGAGCACAGCCCCCCUGCAGAGCUUGGAGGAGAUAUUGGUGGGAGUCCUGCGAUGGGGGCAGGUUUUGGGGCGGCUCCUGCUGUGAUGCCAGCCUCGCUCAAUGCCCCAGUGGGGGGUGGCCUAGGAGACCUGUUUGACCUGGGAGGUGGGGUUGGCAUGCCGAUGGGAGCAUAUAUUCCUCCCAAAAUAGUGUGGCUCCCGGCCAUGAAGGCUAAAGGUCUGGAGAUUUCUGGGACCUUCGCUCGGCGUGCUGGAGUCAUCCAGAUGGAGCUGAUCCUCACCAACAAGGCCAUGAGCAUCAUGACUGACUUCGCCAUCCAGUUCAACAGGAACAGUUUUGGCCUGGCCCCUGCCGGCCCUCUCCAGGUCCUUACCCCUCUCGGCCCAAACCAGACAAUUGAAGUCAGCCUCCCCCUCAGCACUGUCGGGCCAGUCAUGAAGAUGGACCCUCUCAACAACCUGCAGGUGGCUGUGAAGAACAACAUUGACGUCUUCUACUUCAGCUGCCAAUACCCCAUCAGCAUGCUGUUUGUGGAAGAUGGAAAGAUGGAGCGUCAGGUGUUCCUGGCAACAUGGAAAGACAUUCCUAAUGACAACGAGUCUCAGUUCCAGAUCAAAGACUGUCAUCUCAACUCAGAUGCAGCCAGCAGCAAGCUGCAGGGCAGUAACAUCUUCACCAUAGCCAAGCGCACUGUGGAGGGCCAGGACAUGCUUUACAUGUCCAUCAAACUGUCCAAUGGCAUCUGGGUGCUGGCUGAACUGAGGGUGCAGGCUGGAAACCCCAACUACACGAUCUCUCUGAAGUGCAGAGCACCAGAGGUGUCCCAGUGUGUGUUCCAGUGCUACGAGGCAGUGCUGAACAACUGAACCCCUGACAGGGCUGAAGUAGGGGGUGCAACCUGAGGUCUGGAGACUGGCCCUGACUGGAGGGAGCUCCUGGACCCGACCCUCCUGACCCUCUCCUCUCCUCCCCCUUCUCCUCCUGACAUACAGGCUUCUGAAAGACCCUUUCCUUGUAGAAUCUCCAACUCUGUCUGUCUGUGUGCCUCCCUGGGGACUCUGGUUUCUAUCCGUUCUGUCUGUCAAGCACUAACCCUCCACUCUACAAGUCCUUAUCUGAUUCAAGUCUGAAGUCUCUAGACCAACCCUGUCACUCACGUCAAUAGUUGGGAAUGGCCUUUGUCUUCUUCACCUUGAACAUGGUUGGGGUUGUGUUUAUAUCAGGGCUGAUUCAGAGGGUGAAGAUAGAGGCCUUUGAGCGCAUGCUGUGGAGAGUGUGUAAGGGCUACACCAUUCUUAGCUACUCUGAAAUUGACGAGUAUUUGGAGGACCCUGACACGGUGGGUCAAUCUUGUUCUGCGUGAAAGAUAUUGCUAACCAUUUUCUACAGUAAGUGCUUGAGUGUGAAUGUGAAAUCAAAGAUAAAAGAAUAAGAUAUCAUAAGGUGAAUGCACCAAUUUGUAAGUCGCUCUGGAUAAGAGCGUCUGCUAAAUGACUUAAAUGUAAAUGUAAAUGUGUUUCCCAUAACCCACCAAGUCUAGUCGGUCUUCAAUGAGAGAUCACUACCCUAUCAGAUCUCCCUUGCAUGAUGGCCUAACUCCAGUCCAGCCUCUGCUGAUCUGAUUCAGUCCAACCUUCUCCCAUGAGCCUCUAAUCUGGGGCACACCUGGUAGGGUUUUCAUCCAAUGCUGUUGGAGACUGUGAUGCGAUGGACUCUUGUUCCUUGUGACUGUUUCUCCAUAUCUCCCCCCUGAUGUCUUCUCUUUUCACGAUUAUCUCACCUCGCGUCUCUGCAAAUUAGUACCUAUAUUUAGUGUGUGUAAUCAGCAGUUAAAUCUCUGUCAGCAUACCUUUUGGUGCUUCAAAUUAAAAUGUGGCAGUACAGACACAUUGUUUCCCCAUAUCUUGGGGCUGUGAAGCACCUGCUGUGUUCCUGUUCUGUCACUUCACUCAACCCUCAGCCCAACCCCCCCCCCCCCCCCGCCCCUCAAUGUCUUCACUGUUUCUCUCUCACAAACACUUCCUCCUUUUUAAUUUAAAGGGAUGAGAUGUCCCAGCUAGUAAGAGACACUAAAUGUUUUGGAACACACCAUGUCACAUAUGUGUUUAGUUUGUCGUUUGCUCUUGAUGUGCCCAUUGGGCUUGUUUGUUGUUGUUGUACUCAAUCUCUGCUGUCUCUUGGAGCCGGUCUCUCUCUCCCAUGUGCAUGUAUUUGUGUGUUGGGGUGCCUGUGUGCUAUUUGUUAUUAGAAAGGGUUGGAACAACAUCUAAGGCUACAUUUACACAGGCAGCCCAAUUCUGAUAUUUUGCCCAAUUAUUGGCUAAAGAUCUGAUUCGUCAAAAUACCAAAUAUUGCCAAAUAGAUCAGAAUUGGGCUGCCUGUGUAAACUGAGCAAUAUACGCCUCACUACUACAUACAAUACCUUUUCUUUCCCUAAUUAUUUGCCCCUUUAAAGUAAUUCCAUUAUGUAUUCCCAGGUUUGUUUGCAGUGUAAUUGAAGUUUUAACUCUGGGCAUGCAGGCGGGCGAGGGCCACAGAUGUUUGGAUGUUGUUUCUGCUGUGUGCGCUCUGCUCUCAGGGCUGCUUGGGCUCCCAGCCAGGUUGUUGCAUUCUCCUCCCCUCUUAGUUGGUCAAGCACCUCUGCCACCUGUCAUAGAGGCUUCAAACCACCUGUAUGUUCUAUACUUUAUCUGUAUAGGAAACUAACUGUAGAGGUAGCACACAUCAUGAAGUCUUUUGUAUGAAGAAAAUCUGACCAACUCAACUUCACCAUUCUGUUUUACCUAGUCUCUUUGGAAAAUUAAUUGGAUAUUUAAACUUUUGAGUCAUUGAAUCAGAACCCUCUGGAACAGCUCCACAGUGAGCAUGCUCACACUUUCACUACUUGGAGAUGAGUGGAUUUACUUGGUCUGUGUGUGGUGAAAACUGACUAGUGUGUAUGUGAUGAGAAGCUGUAAAGUAGCUGGUGAAGGAGAAAUCUGAUGUUUUUGACUGACCGUUUGUGAGUACAUCAUUUGAAACAGAACUAUUAAAAUCGGAUAUAUUCACAAA